CAGGCAGGCGAACAACUCCCGGUGAAGUUUCUGAACACUCCAGUCCACGUUUUCCAUCAACCCGCUCCACCGACUCUGAGGGGAGGCAGCCUUCCUUCACUCCUGUGUCUGGUUGAAUUUGAAUAGACUUGAGGAGGCAACGUCUCCCGAGUACAGCGGCAGCUGCACACACCGAGUCCGCAUGCUUUGAAAGACAAAAAUAUGGCGGGAUUGGAGAGGAUUAUAUUGCUUCACAACGGACGACAGCGUGUCUUGCGUUGGGUUUAAACGUGUGACUUUUCCUACGUGAACACUUUUGAGGCCCCACUGGAGUUAUUGCUAUGAAUUUUUAAAAAAUGCCCUUUCUUCAGAGGAGUGUCGAGCCGCGGCGCGUGAGUCGUUUGUCGGCGAGGGAUGGCUGCUGGACACACGGAGAAGAACCGGGCAGACGCAAACUGCGAAAGCCUGUUUUAUUCUCGUCUCUGGACGAGGUUAGCUGUCAUACACUGACCAACAUCAUCUACCAACUUUCCGACCUUUCGCGACAUGCCAGCGAGAUCUUCCUGGGCAUCGAGAUGGAGGCGGGGAUGGUGUUCAGGAGAUCCUGCAGGAUCCAGGGACGCCUGCAGUUUCUGCAAGAUGAAGUCUGCAACUUCGAUCCCAAGAAAGUCAAAAUACCUGUGUCCAACCUUGACGAGGAGAGCAAGUGGACGGUUCACUACACAGCACCAUGGCAUCAGCAGGAGAAUGUCUUUCUGCCAGGCAGCAGGCCGCCCUGCGUAGAAGACCUCCACCGUCAGGCCAAAGUUAACCUCAAGACUGCACUGCGAGAUUGUGACAAGCUGAGGAAAGAUGGUUUCAGGAGCUCGCAGUACUACUCUCAGGGUCCUACCUUCUCUGACCCGGACCAGUCCACCAGCAGCCUGCAGGACGAGGAGGAGGAUGAAAAUGACAAGAAGUCCACAGCUUCAUCAGGGGAGGAUGACAAAUCCCAGCUCUCCUUGAGGCUUCAGACUCCACAAGGAGGAAGCGAAGGCUCUGAGGUUGACGGACAGGUGAUAUGGAACAAGGCCCCACCCCUCCCCACCCCGGAGGAGAAGAUGAGGCAGGCGGCUCAGGCUGUGCCCACAGAUAUCGUUGCCAUUAACGUCACAGGGGCAGUAUUUGACCGACAGGCGAGCGUCCGGCGCUCCCUCAUUAACACUGACACCGUGUCCCGCCGGCCCAAGAAGGUCAAACGCAGAAAGACUAUAUCAGGGCUGCCUGACAACUUCAACCUGGAGCUAGCAGCAAAAGGACGUGGUGGAGAGCUCCGACCGCAUUCCAUGUUCAUCCCGGGACAGUACUCCACUUUGGGUCGAGUUGGGAGUGUUAACUCAGCACUCCGGCGAUCAGUGACUAGAGACACGAGCUGCCAGACAGAAGAAAUAAAGAUUGUACCUCCAUCCAUGAGAAGAAUUCGGGCACAGAGAGGACAGGGAAUCGCUGCUCAGAUGGCUGGGAUUUCAACUUCCUCCUCAACAGGAAGUAUAUCCAUCUGCAGCAGUGACAGCUCUGGCAUCUUGAUGCUGCCGCGUCCGUUUAACGGAGACCCUUCUCGUUUCCACAGUCUGCCUCGACAGGGUGCCAGGGUGUCACUCAGUGCCGAUCCCAUCUACAGCAGCACCCCAAUCAAAUCAGAGGAGCAGACAACGCCUCAACGGCAGAUUGGAAAGCUUCAGGUCGAUGACACAGUGGUGCACAUGAGAAACGCCCCAAGGACCGGCACUCUCACUCGGCCAAAGUCUCAGGAAUUGAGGGGAACACAGUCCAGCGAGUGGGGUGGGGGUCCAGCUUGUGUGGUUUCCCCACAUGCUGCCUAUUCCACCUCUUACAUCCCCAAUGCCACCUUGUCCAGCUCCACUGAAGUCAUUACCCUCAACACCUCCGGUCAGCCCUCCCACUCCCCAGCCUCAAGUUAUCCCACAGCCCGACCACUAAGUCUGCUUUCCACUUCCAACAAUGACUCUCUGACCUCCAAUCCAUCAGCCUUCAGCCACAGUUCCACUUGUCCAGCUUUGGCCACAUCCACCCCCACUCAAACACCACAGGGGGGCCGUCUAUUCAUCACAGAACCUGCUAACGAGUCAGGACACUCGGACGGCAGUGUCCACAGCCACAGCACCCUGGCCCCCACACCUCCUUCCUGUCUGCCGGAGGAGCAAUGGAUCUAUGACACACCUGAAAAUGUGGUGGUCCCACAGCGCGCUCUGACCUCCAGCUGCUCCACUCCCAUGAACCAGAUGUACAGCAGCCUGGACCUCUCCUCCCGGACCACCACUGACUCCAGCUCUGUCUAUUCCCAGGACAAUGAUGGAUACUUCACCUCCAUGCACCUGGACUCUGGUCUGCGCUCACGCAGCCACAGCAGUGGACACAGGGGCACAGCUGGACGAGCCACCAGACACAGCAUGUACGAGUGCCGGGAGAUGGCAAAUCAAGAUGAUUCUGGAAGUGUGUACAGUGAUCACUCACUUUCUCGCAGCAUCUCCCUUCGCAAGUCCAAGAAACCUCCACUGCCCCCAGCCCGUACAGACUCUCUUAGACGUAAGCCUGGUGCGAAAAAGCCCCUCGGGGGGGUUAGUGCUGUCAGUGGUGCUAACGAACCAAAUGGCGCCAUGCUUAACGAGACAUUAAUUGCCAGUUUGCAGCAGAGUCUACAGAUAGGGCUGAGGGGAGGUAACGGAAAAGGCGCCUCGCCGUCAUCACCCUCUCACAGCCCAAGCAGCGACUACGAUGACCCUUGGAUUCUACGGCCGCGCAGUCAGAGUAGCAUCAGUGCAGGUAGCUCCGCAGCGUCACUGGUAGCUAAUCCGAACUGUGGCAUUGCGUCUAAUGUGUACUCACUAUGCCACGUGACACCUGCUCACAGUGACACCAGCAGCCUGCGUUCUGACUACGCUGAUUCCUGGGGUUAUUACAUGGAAGAUCCUCGUAACCAUGGAGACCAAAGAGUGCAGACCCCUCCGGCCACAGACAACAUGGCACCUGGGGCUCACACAGGAGAACUACAGAAUGGAGGUGAGAUUCAUAGUAACAGCCAAGCUUCUCGAGCUUCAGGCCAGGAGACAGUGGUCGCAGUAAAGCCCAAGAUGUCCACCUCUUCUCCAGACAGGGUCCACAGACUGACCUCUCCAUCCAGUGGCUACUCCAGCCAGUCUAACACCCCUACAGCUGGGACCCCAGUGCCCUCCUUUGUCAGGUCCAUGUCUCCCUCCAGCCGACCCAAGCCCAAAGUGCCCGAGAGGAAAUCGUCUCUGCUCUCCUCUGUAUCCAUGUCCUCCUCUUCCACCUCCCUCUCUUCCAACACCUCAGACUCAUUGAAGAGCUACGGUCCUCCUCCACCACCACCUCCUCCCCUUCCCUUCUCCUCCUCGGCUCCCAACACCCCUCUCAGCCCACCCCCACCCUUCCCUCCCCCUCUUCCACCAGGUUUAAGCGCGGGCCCCCCUACUCCUCCACCAGCUUCCCCGUUACCACCCACUCCACAGGGAAUGUCUCAAGGUUCUCUCCCUGUUUGCUCCACCUCCCAUUCCCCUCCUCCAUCUCCUGAAACACUAAUCCACCCCAGUUUGUCCUUCAAUGGGAGCUUCAGUCCUCCUCCACCUCCUCCUCCUCCUAUGCCCUCUUGUGGACCCCCUCCACCUCCUCCAUUGCCCAAUUUUGUUGUACCUUCCUCCUCCCCAUCUCUAAAGAAAGUGAAGGAUGCCCCCAAACCAGCUGUCUCCAUCAGUCCCACAAAGACACCUGCGCCCCUGAUUACCCCCUUUGCACUACAGAGUGUUCAGCUCCGCUCAAUAAAGCGCCCUGAGAAGGAGAUUAAUGGCAAAUCAGAUGACACCACAGCUCGGGAAACAGGAGUGGACCUCCUUCAGUUCCAGACCCAGGAGAAGUCUCACUCCCAGGACCGUCUUUUUGUGUUACCCACGUUAAACAGCUCACCAGAAGAUGACUCAUACAAUCUCCCACCGUCACCUGAGUCACAGCUUUUACAGGAAUUGUCAUUUGAGUGCAGUAUCACAAAUAGGACACAAGAGAGUGCUGUGUUCAAUGGGAAAGAUGAAAAUCUGAGUUUCUUUCUCUCAAAUGGAAAAGAACAAGAUAAAGGGCAACAAUCACUGCCAAGUCCCUCACAGAGCUCACCUGUCAAACAGAAGCCGCCAGCGGUCCUCAAGAAACCUAAACUCUCUUUCCUCCCACCUCUGAACUCACAACUCAUCAAUGAACAGGUUCCAGCUCAGCAUGAGGAUACAAGCAGCAGCCUGUCCCAAACCCAGGACCCGGUAGAUGUUCUGCAAAGACAAACAAGGGAAGAGGAGGAAGAGAAUGGGAUUGAGCAUCAGGAGGAGAUUUUAGAAUUCUCAGAGCUGAUAGCAGAGAGCAGUGAAUCAUUCACGGAGAUCCAAGAAGAGUUCCACAACUGUACUUCUGCUCGCCUGGAGACAACCCGUGAAAAUGGACUGUGUGUGAACGGAGAGACUCACGAAGAGGAGGAUGAUGGAGAUGGCGCGAGCAGCACGACUGGAUCCAUCAGCUCCAAGGAAGACGAUGCCGGUGAGGUGUUUGAAUCCAGCACGGCUGAAUCAUCUCCGGCCCCGUUGACCAACGGGACUCCUAAGGAGAACAUGGUGACCCCGACUUCCACGCGACCCAGAACCACGGAGGACCUCUUUGCCGUCAUUCACAGGUCAAAGCGGAAGGUCCUGGGUCGCAAAGAGUCAGAGGAGGACAAGUCCCGAGCGGGGAGCCAACAACAGUCUCCGCCUGCCACACCCACAAACACGUCCCCAGGCCCGGUGUCUCCUCUGUCCAGGCAGGCGGGCUCUAUACAGCGCAACCUUCGCAAGUCCUCCACCAGCAGCGACAACUUCAAGGCCCUGCUCCUCAAGAAGGGCAGCCGCUCGGAGACCAGCUUCAGGAUGUCUGCUGCCGAGAUGCUUCGCUCCACCGACCCUCGCUUCCAGAGAACACGGUCCGAGUCAGCACUUGACCCCCCCGCUUCUUCGCCCUCCUCUCCGACAGCGCCUCACAGCCCCUGUGUGUCGCCCGGCCGCAGUAAACGAGCAACAGAUGAGUGGAGCCGCUACGAGGUUCUGUCCUCGCCGACGUCACCAUCCUUUUCAAUGAGCGGCUUUAGGUACGGGCGCUCUCGCUUACCGCCCUCUGCUGCGAGCAGCAAGUACAACGCGCGCAGCCGAAUCCUCAGCAGCCCAAUGACUGUCAUCUGUGAGCGUGAGGGGGAGUUGGCCGAGAGCGAGUAUGGAGACACCACAGAGACUCUCCCUGUGUACCGAGGGUCAAAUGGCACUUUAUCAGAAGAGAGCAGAAGCUAAAGAGCAAGGGCAGCUCCAUCGGUUUAGAGAGACAAACUCAUUUGUCAUAACCAGGUAGGGGGCAGGAGACAAGCGCUCUAGACUUUCUGAGCCCCACACCUCUCCGCUGCCUCUUAAGGAGUGGACAUGUCGGGUCCUGUAGUGAGAUCAGCGGUCACCCCAUCAUGAACUGGGCUGGACUUGGUCUAAAAUGGAGAACUGGUUGUGCUGCAGCUUUUUCAAUCCUCCCAUGAUUCUCAUUCUGUCCUUCUACUGGUGACUCGCGCUUUGUGUUCAAAGAGUGUUCCUUCUUAGUUUGUUUUCUAUUUGUUCAGCCGUUGUUGUGUUUUACUUUACCCUGUCCUUAACAUGCAGGACAUCACAAGUUUUCUUUAAAAAGGACGAGGCUCAGAUGGCAAAACUAAGGUGAAUUGAAGUCACAAGUCAUUUGCGUCACUUUGCUGCUGUGGUGCUACGUAGGGAGGCGGUUGGAAAGAGUGGAAUGUAAAGGAGUGCUGGAGGCUCGCUCAUAACAUUUCUGCCCUUUUUGUUUAUGAAAAGUGUCAGAAAGCAUGUCAGCAUCAAGCAGCCCACGAUAUUGUGGAAAGAACUGGAGGACGUGGUACAACAAGCAGCUCCACGUGUGGCACAACUUCAAUUACAGUGAUCACCAGGUUUUUUUUGCUUUACAUUCUUACUGUUCAAUUCUUUAGUUUGCAGAGCUGGGGUGAAUAGUCAGAGGUCCGCAGAAGGUAGUAUGGGGUAAAACAAAGGUUCAACCAAAACAGCAGAUGUAUUCUAUAUAUAUAUAUAUAAAAAAGAAAAAGACCCAUAAAACCUCUAUCAAUUAACUUUUAGUAUGUAGAUUUUGCACUGUGCAUAGGUCUUUUCCUUGUGACAUAAAAGUAUGUUUUAAAGAUUGUUUUAAUAAACAAAGUGAUGUCAA